AAAUGGUUUCCCUGCAAGACAUGUCCACAAUUCAUUCGCCCGGCUCGUCUCCUCCACGGGGAGGAUUAUGCGUGUUGCCGCAACGUGAAAUACUAAGUUCCACCCAUAGGUUGGACUAUUACCCUGAAAUUAAUAUAAAUUGUGAUGCCUUCAAUAGUACCUCAAUUGCCGGCUCAUCACUGGCUUCGGCUAAAUGUUCUGAUUCAUGGCGCAAUGUACUGGUGCCGGUAAAUGAAGGUGUUUUGAAGCGAAUAACACGUACAUUUUUUGAAAGUGGUUUUGCCGAAGCUCUAAAUGAAGCAAGGGAUACUCAGGUAUCUGGAGGAAAUGCUAUGAUAUCUUCCGUGGCAGAAUUUACAUUUCGUACUUUAGAAUUUUUUCAACGUAUCAAAUCGAAAGUAUUUCCACAUAUGAAAGAGCAAGGUCUUGCUUCGAUAGCCAAACAUUCAGAGACAAGAGAUUGGAUACGUUCAUAUAUAAGAUGCAUUGUUUGGCAUCCAAAUUGCUUUAAGAUUGCCGUUGCCGGUAUGGAUGAUAUUGUACGCAUAUACACAGAUGAGCCCGCUAUUGUACCAGUACUGAAGAGCGCUUCCCAAAAAUGGAUUACCAGCAUGGCAUGGCGUCCCUAUACAGCUGCUGAAUUGGCUGUCGGUUGUCAAAAGGGCAUUUGCCUAUGGACCAUGGACAAUAAUAUGCAUAUCACACGCUCCACAUCACAGGCCAUAUUUCUAAAGCAUCCAAAUCAUUGUCCCAUUACCUCGGUUCAAUGGAAUUCCGAUGGUACCCUUUUGGCGUCAGCAUCAAUUGGUGACACUGAUGUAAUUAUUUGGAAUGUUGAUAAAAUGCAAAAUACCGCUUUGAAACGUGUCGGGCCACCAUGUUCUCUGUUGAAAUGGUCACCCAAUAGUUCAUGUUUAUUCUCAUCGACUGUCACAAAUGUAUUUCGCGUCUGGGCAUGUGAAAAUAAAUGGCAACCAGAACGUUGGACAAUUACCCAAGGUACCGUACAGUCGGCAUGUUGGUCGCCAUGUGGUGGAUUUUUACUAUUUGUAACAUCCGAUGAACCGAUACUAUAUCGUUUGCAGUUCUUCGAGGAACAGCUAUUUCAAAAUGGUUCAUCACCCAAACAAGCCUUACCUGUUGCCGACUUAAGUAAAAUCACUGUGGAUGAUCGUGAAGUUGGUGGCCAACCACAAUGUGUGGCAUGGGAUCCAAAUGGCCUCUAUGUGGCCAUCACCUUUAAAGAUACCGCCUGUAUUGCCAUUUUCUCAACAUGUGUACAGAAAUUUAAUCUAUCCAUAUCACCAGCUUGUUUCCUGUCUGGCGUGGCCAAUGAAUAUCCAUCAUAUAUUUGCUUUCAAAGUAAACAUCGUAAAAAUAAUGAUACCGUUUUAACCAUAGGCUGGUCCAGUGGUCGUAUACAAUACUUUCCAUUUGGUAAUAUGUAAG